UGGUCUGUGUGGUUGUGCAACCCUCUAGCCCUAUAAAUACGGUGACACUCCAGCCUCUGGAAGCCUCUGGCAGCUCAGCUUCCGAGAGCCUCUCCUUCCCUGGGCAUCCGGCCACCACCUGCCACCGCCAUGAGGGCCCUCUGCUUGCUGCUGCUGACUGUCUGCCUCCUCUCUUCCCAGCUGGCUGCAGGUAUUAACCUGCUUACGGGUCUUGGCCAGAGGUCCGACCACUACAUAUGUGCCAAGAAAGGGGGGACCUGCAACUUCUCCCCCUGCCCGCUCUUCAACAGGAUUGAAGGGACCUGUUACAGUGGCAAGGCCAAGUGCUGCAUCCGCUGACCCUGAGCCAGAAGCCACAGCAGAGGGGACACACAGGCCAAGUGAAGUAUUUGCAACUGUUGUUUUAAUAAAAGAAGUUUUUUUUUGAAGCAAACCUC